AUGAGUGUUUUGAGUAAGGACUUCCCAGAUGAUGGUAUACACAGAGAAAAUUAUUUGAAUGAUGGCACAAAUAUAAUUAGAGUAAAUAAUAAGGAUGAAAUGUUAAAUAGGGAUAAUAUUUUUAGUACUACAAAUUCGACCACUAAUGGUACAACUGGAGACAAUAAUACCUUUCGAGAUAUAAAUAGCAUUAAUACAACAAAUAAGGAUAACAUGUUAAUAGACACAAAAAGUAUGAAAAACGUUCCUCGUCAAAUUUGUUAUGAAGAAAUAAACAAGUGUUAUAUAAACAAAGAAGACGCGAAAAUAAUAAAUAAAGAAAUUAAUGAUGAAAUAAACAUAGUAUACUCCUACACAGUCAAUGAUUCAAAAAAAACAAUUAACUCAAAUAAUGAGUUAAUAAGUUUAAAUAUAUCAGUAGACGAAGAUAAGAAUUACAUUUUACAAAAGAAAAUAAAAAAAUUGCCCUUUCUGAGAUACGGUCAUUUUUUGUGUUUAACCAAAAAUGGAUGUAUAUUAGCCAUAGGUGGAACUGACGGAAAAGUAAAAUAUGCGUUAGUUGAAAAAUACUGUGCCGAAGAAAAAAAAUGGAAACAAAUAAAUCUAAUGCAUUUUUCCAGGUCAAAUUUUUGCGGUAUAUGUACAGAAGAUAAUAAUUUAUUUAUUUUAGGUGGAGAAGGAAAUCAACAUAUUUUAAAAAGUGUUGAAUACUAUGAUAAUAAAAUUAAUGCAUGGAUAUCUUUGCCACCUCUUAACUGUGUAAGACAUUCAGCAAGUGCAAUUAUUUUUAAGCAUACGAUUUUUAUUAUCGGGGGAAAAGAUGGAAUAGGGAAUUAUGGCAGAGUUCACAAAAGUGUAGAAAUGUUAAAUUUAAAUGAACAAAAUAUGAAAUGGAAUUUGUGCAAGCCUUUAAAACAGGCGCGCCUAGAGUUGGCUACAAUCGUUUUUAAGGACAAGAUAUAUGCUAUUGGGGGAUCUACCGGUGUAAAGGAUUUAAGUUCAGUUGAAAUUUACGAUUCCAAAACUGAAGAAUGGACGGAGGGACCAAACUUAAAUUUCGCUCGUUCUAAUUUCGUUCUCUUUAUUUGGAAAAACCAACUGGUAGCGUAUGGAGGCAUAAAUAAGUACAACGGGGAUUUUGUAAAGAACGCCGAAAUAUUAGAUGAAAAAACUACUUCUUGGUUAUUAAUACAUGAAAGUGUCGAAAAAUAG